AUGCCUCCAAGACAACAGCAAGGUUACGGACGCUCCUCAAACCAAGGCUAUGCAUCCAACAACAACCAGCAGCAAGACAUGGGAUAUGAUGAAGGAGGGCAGUAUGGCGAAGAAGGCAAUGAGCAAGACAUGAACGAAGACGAGCAGUACCAAGAAGGUGGCGAGGAAGGCGAAGAGCAGUACGACGAGAAUGAAGGAGAACAAGAUGAUAUAGAAGUGGGUGACGAUCAAGAAGACCCCGGCGAGAACGAGGAAGAUGGCGAGGAAAAAAAUGAAGGUCACGCCGCAGCUCCAUCAGGAAGGGGCAGCGUGAAGCACAGCAAAUUUUCCCAGGACCCUCAUCAUUCCAAGACGAUGUCGCACUUCCAUGACGUUGCGUAUGAGGCUGCUAAAGCAGCACAUCAGGGAGUGGAGGCAAAGGUGGUGCGUCCAAAAGCAGAUAGAACAGCUUGUAGGGGGACGAACUAG